AUGGGGCUAGUUCAAAUCUUCCUCGCUAUAAUUCUCUCAAUUUUCCUCCUCAUUCUUGGCGUCUCAGCACAACAACAAACAGAAAAUACCCAACAAAUUGAUUCCAUUGCAGCGAACAAGGAACUACGUGGGCAUGGCUCUGCUGAAAAUGUUCAUUCAAUAACAAAGCACCAUGACAAGGGCAAUGGCCAUCAUGCAAUGAAGAAAAAACACCACUCGUUUUCGAAGCAAUUUCUCAGUGCCCACAACAAGAUAAGGAAGAUGUAUGAUGAGCCUCCAUUGAGGUGGAACAAGAAACUUGCCCGCUAUGCUCGCCGCUGGGCCGUGAAGCGUGCCUUCGAUUGCAGGAUGGUCCAUUCGUACGGUCCUUACGGCGAAAACCUUUUCUGGGCUAAGCAUGAUCACUGGACACCAUCUGAGGCGGUGAAAUCGUGGGUGGAAGAGAAAAAGUACUAUGAUCCAUGGAAAAAAGCGUGCGCUCAAGGACAUAUGUGUGGACAUUACACGCAGGUUGUGUGGAGAGAGACAAAGCGUGUUGGGUGUGCACGCAUCAAAUGUAAGAAUGGAGGUUUGUAUGUGAUUUGCGUGUAUGAUCCACCAGGGAAUUACGUUAACGAGAGCCCCUUUGGCAAUCCUCCGAGAAUUCCCGAGUUUGCACUUAUACCAUUUCCAUGA